AUACAAUAAUCUUAUGAAUGUAAAAGAGGGGGGAACCAUGUCGGCUUCUGGCCCCAUAAGCAACUACUAUGUUGACUCCUUGAUAAGCCACGAGAACGACGAGCUCUUGGCCUCCAGGUUCCCCAGCACUGCCUCCCACCCGGCUGCUGCCCGACCGUCAGGAUUAGUCCCGGACUGUGCCGACUUUCCGUCCUGCAGUUUCGCCCCCAAGCCGGCCGUCUUUACCACCUCCUGGGCUCCCGUGCACUCCCAGUCCUCCGUGGGCUACCACCCCUACGCCCCCCAGGCGCCCGUGGGGGCAGAGCCCAGGUACAUGCGGACUUGGCUGGAGCCCCUCGCCGGGGCCGUCUCCUUCCCGGCCUUCGCCCCCGGUGCUCGCCCCUACGGCCUGAAGCCCGACGCCUUCCCCGGGCGGCGGCCGGAGUGCGGCCCCGCCGACGGCCGCGGCUACGCGGACUACAUGUACGCGGCUCCGGGGGAGCUGAGAGACAGAGCAGCGCAGACAAUUCCUUCCCCGGAGUCCGAAGCCAUCGCUUCCAGCAAACACAAAGAAGAAAAGCACGAAUUAGACCCUAACAAUCCCGUCGCAAAUUGGAUUCAUGCGCGCUCCACGAGGAAGAAAAGAUGUCCUUACACAAAGUAUCAGACCCUGGAACUGGAAAAAGAGUUUUUAUUCAAUAUGUACCUUACACGGGACCGGAGGUACGAAGUAGCCAGAGUCCUUAAUCUCACUGAACGCCAAGUCAAAAUCUGGUUUCAGAACAGGCGAAUGAAAAUGAAGAAAAUGAAUAAAGAAAAAACCGAUAAAGAACAGCAAUAAAGUUGGCAAAGUCCAGUCAAUGAGAAACGAGGGUGGAGAAAAAAAAAAAAAAAAAAAGGAAAAAACCACCAAAAAAAAACCCACAAAAAAAGGC